AUGAAGAAGCCUGAAUUCUCAAGUAAAGUGUUAGAUGAUGAUACCUUGAUCAAGAAAGGGAAUGGGAAAGAAAACAAUGUUGGCAGUGAUGACAAAGAUGAUGGGAUCGACGAUGACAGUGCUGACAGGCCAAAGAAGAAGAAGAAAGGCAAGAAAACCCCAGAUGAACUUCCAUUGAACAUUGAGGUUGCUGCACACGUCAAGACACUGCGGAAUCAGUGGGUCUAUAACAAAGAACAUUUUCCACUUAGCCACAACCACUUCCAGAUCUGGGCUGCUGCAAUGAUGAAGAAUCCACCGCUCAUGACUGUAAACCAACCUCCAAACCAUUGUGCUCUUGAUGCUGAUCGCGACAAGAACACAUCCAGUACUUCAACCAUCAACUUCAACAUACCACCUGAGCUCCUUGGGUUCCUUUGUCCCCCAGCAUCCAAGAAUGCUGCCAACACCAUAGCACUGCCACAUGGAGACCAAGAGUUGAUGCCCCUCCUACCUCCAAUGAUGCAGCCUGGUCUUGAUCUCAUGCUUAUUGAUUUCUACACUAAGUUUUCACUUGCAAAUGCAAUCCUGACCAAGUUACACAACAAUGGCUACAUAGGAACAUGUACCAUCAAGUAUAUUGUGGUCUCUGAGCUGAAAGAAAUGGGGUUCAUGAACAGCGAGAUUGCAGCGAUGAAGGAUGCUGUUGAACAAUAG